AGAGCUAAGUAAAGGCACAUUUCUCAGCUCUUAUCUCUCCAUGAUGUGGUUGUAUUCUAUCCCCCUCUUUCCUUCCUGCUUCCCCACUUAAAGCAUGUACUGUCUACCUUCUCUAUUCUGUACCCGGAAGAGAACAUGGAUAUUUGAGCGUGUUCAGAUCUUAAUCCUUCAUGUCGCUCGUGUAUCUUUUUCUGUCUCGGUCAACCACACAUGUUUAGAUUGAUGUAAGAUCUAUUGGGAGCCCGUAGCAGUUAUUACAAGCGAAGGAAAAGGCUGGACAAAGCUCUGCAGGAGAAGAAGCGAGCAGACAAGGGAAGAGACUGACAAGCUGGCGGCUAACCGGUGGUGGGAAGGGCAGCUGAGCCUUCCAGGAGGGGAGGUCGGACCCUCCGAUCACGAGAAUCACAACCAGGAGAUGGAAUUGAAAGAACCCGAUGCCGCCGGCACUGGCGGAGGAGGCAACGACGAGGACAACGAUAACGACCGCGAGCCGAGGGAGGGAGCAAUCGUCGUCAGCACCCGCCGCCCCCGCGGCCGCCCUCCGGGAUCCAAGAACAAGCCCAAGCCGCCUGUGUUCGUCACCCGCGACAGCCCUAACGCCCUCCGCAGCCACGUCAUGGAGGUCGCGGGCGGCUCCGACAUCGCGGAAUCCAUCGCGCAGUUCGCGCGCCGCAGGCAGCGCGGCGUCUGCGUGCUCAGCUGCGCCGGCACGGUAGCCAACGUCGCCCUCCGCCAGCCUUCUGCGCCGGGCGCCGUCGUCGCCCUCCAUGGCCGGUUCGAGAUUCUGUCGCUCACCGGCACCUUCCUCCCGGGCCCUUCCCCGCCGGGGACCACCGGGCUGACGGUUUACCUGGCCGGAGGGCAGGGUCAGGUGGUGGGCGGCAGCGUCGUGGGGUCCCUGAUCGCCGCGGGGCCGGUGAUGGUCAUAGCAUCCACGUUUGCCAACGCUACCUACGAGAGGCUGCCACUCGAGGAAGGAGACGAAAUCCCGGGCGGUGGUGGCGGCAUCCCGGAGCACCUCCCUGGUGGACUGGCGCCGCUAAUGCCCGGAGCCUCAGGACCAGGCCGACUGCCCGAUCCCUCGGCGCUUCCCAUCUACAACUUGCCGCCACAUAUGGCACACGACGAGGUCGGCGGGCAACUGGGACACGAGGCCUUCGGAUGGGCUCAUGCGCGGGCGCCAUUCUAACAGCACAGAAGCUUCGCAGAAGGAGCACAACAGGUUGAGCCCUCUCAAUUGUUUCGGCUUCAUUUGAUGCAGUAGCAUUCAGUGUGUAGUUGUAGUCGUCCUAUCAUCUCAUUGUCUUUGCACCGUGACGAACUAGUCAAACUCAGAAACACGUUGAUGUUGUCGUGAUUUCAAAGUGUUGCUUCCUCUGAGGGUUAAUUUAUGGAAGCCAUUAAUGUGAGCUUUGUCUUGA